AGACUGGCAAUUGGCUGAUAUUACUUUAAUAUUCUAUUUCCAGUGGUCGGCCUCUAGCCAGCCCGAACCAAACAGAACAACGGGGGAGUCGCAGGAUUAAACCAAUUUAAAAGACACAUUUGGGGCAUGGAGGUCAGUGCUAAAAUUAGAGGCUGCUCCUUCCGCAACAGUAGCCUAACUGCAAUGCCUAUGUAAACCAGGGGACAGCUAUCACAAGAGCUGCGGUACAGACAUGUUUUCAAUGGGUGACAUUUAAACGCCACACGUUGACUAAAGAGGUUCUGUGCGUAACGCAGAGACGGCGAUGGAUCUACUGGGCACUGCUGCGCAAAUAAUGAGCAUUUGGUAGUGUUUUUGGGUAGCCUACGCCAUAUGUAGGCUGCUCUCUUCAGCGCACAGCUUCCUUGAGUGUACAUUUCUGCAAAAAUGUCUUUUUUAUCCAUACCAAGUAAAGAGGGCACUUUUACCACGAUUAAAAACGGCAAAUCAGCCGAGCAGGCGUGGAGUAGGUCCCACAUGGACAACGAGGAUAAUAAUGAUGAGGAUGAGGAUGAGGAAGACGAUGACAGCGAGGACGUCCGCCUCAUCCCGAGAUGCUCCCCGGUGCCGAGAAAGCGAGGCCACUCCAUCCACGAUGAGACUGCUGAGUAUAUGCGGAUCCAAUUGGCGCUGUCCGGCCGAAAGAGAGUGUCAUUCGCCGAUACAACAGGUGGGGAUCUGGUGGAUGUGAAGGAAUUUGCUGCGUUUGAGUCGGACGAUGAGGAGGAAAUUGCAAAGUGGGAAGAAGAGGAGGCAAAGUAUCGGAAGCCAGAGCGAGAACCGACCUAUCAUGUGCAUCCAGAGUUUACCGUGCCGAGCAGCGGUGCCUUGCUGCAGGCUGUGCACUCUAAAAAAGUGGAGGUUGAGCAGAUUUCUCCAGCAGAGAACGAGCCACUUGCAUUCAGUGGGUUAAUACGAGUCCUGAGCAUCUCCUUCCACAAAGCCGUUUACAUUAGAUCCACAAUGGACAAUUGGGCUACUUACUUUGAUCACCCCGCAGAGUAUGUCCAGGGAUCUUAUGAUGGGUGCACUGAUCAGUUCUCCUUCAAGCUGUCUUUUGCACCCCCUUAUGUCACACAAGGCUCUCGCAUUGAGUUCGUUGUCCGCUAUGAGACAUCUGAUGGUGAUUACUGGGCUAAUAACUCCUCUAUGAAUUAUGUGGUAACUCUGCUCCUGUCAUACGAAGAUGACUUGGCUCAGGCAAACGACAUACAAGAAGUAAGAGGUAUCCUGAAACCUCCAAAAGCUUACAGUAUGAAAGAUGAUUUCGAUUCAGAGGAUGAGCAGGAAAAGGACAAAGACUCAUCAGGCUCUCACAGCGUAAUUAUGUAUUUUGCAUCAGCAGAAGAAGCAGGGACCUCGAGGUCCUUACCUACAGCUGUCUGCCCAGUUAUCAUACAGCCGGAGAUUGACAUAGAGAUUACAGUUCCCCCAUCUGGUCCCUGUGUCCCACCCAACCACGAGCUUUCAUCUGUUGAUGGCAAACUGUCCGCUCACCCUGUGUCCCCAGGUGAACAGUUCCCUUGUAUGUCUUCCAAAACCCCACUUCAAACUACUUCAUCCUUUGUGCUCUGUACCACCGAAUCGGCCAAGCCAAAUAAGUCACAGCCUUUACCCGUGCUCCAGUGUGAAUUAGGCAACCGAACGUCAGAGCAGCCCAUAGACAGUAGUCCCCGUGCCCUGCUGCCUGCUUCAACUGCCUCUCUGCAACAAGAGUCAAGGCCGAGAUCAGACAGCUUCCAGGCUGGCGGAGAGGAAAUCCCUCCCUCCGACGCCUCAUGCAUGCAUCUUCCUACGACGGAGAAAAAUCUGUGGCCAACGGCAGAGGGCGGGCCGCCCGACAGCCCAGCCAGUUGUCCUCGUCUUGAUCUUCCCGCUGAGGGCGUCUCUGCUCCCGGUGUGACUCAGGGCUCAGAGCGAGAGGUUGCAGUGGGAUCGAGUGAACUUGGCGCAGGGUUAUCAGAAGGUUCCACCAGGUCUGCAGCAAAUCCCGAAAGCACUACGCCUGCACUCUCAUCUCCUGUGGCUGAGAGUCAGGCAUCUCUUGGAGCAGUUGGUGAAGCUCCACCGUCACCUGAACCCACAGAGAACGCGAGCCGAAACGUAGCUCAGUCGGCCUCCGCCUGGGAAGAGAGCGAAGAUGCUCCCCGGAUUCCCCCUGACACGUUAUUAAAGAAUCUACCUAACACGCUGUCAGAGGCUCGCAAGACGCAGUCACAGCACGACCCAAACAAGAUUCUGACGCCAUCCAUCAUCUUUCUGAGUGGAGUUGUCUCCCUCUCGAUAGUGUUGCAGGAACCCAGUGCCCUCUUUAUCAUCGGACUACUUUUGGUCCUGCACCGUUUGUGAUGAUGCCAAAAAAAGCUUAUUCUGAUCUGUUCAUUCUAAAGUGAAGUGCCUUUUCGGGAUUCUAAAAUAAGCCAAUAAGUUUAACAAUACACAAAGGAGUCUUCUGUUGAAGGGGUGUAUGACUGUGUACAUUUUUAGAUUAGUUUACAUUUUCGGGAAAUGAAAGGGUACAAUGUUUCCAAGCAAAGUCUAAUGCAAGGAGGAAGCGAUUACACAAAUAUUGGCAAUAUUUUCAUGCAUUCUGUGAAAUAAUUGUGAAGUAAUACGAUAGUAGUCCCCAUCCCCAACAUUAUGAUCACUCCAAUACUAGAUCGCAGUGUAUUGUCAGAAAUGUUUUGUAAGUGGUCUGUAAUUGCUUUUUUCUUGUCAUGUGGUCAUAGUGUAUGUGGUGUUAUAUUUGGAUGUAUGAGUCCAAUAAUACACUUGUUUUUUGUUCCAUUGUUGUGAAUGCAGCUAAGGUUGUAGUCUAACCACACUGCCAUGAGUUAUGGCUUUAAGAAAGGACAAAAACCAUUUACCAAACUGGGACAUUAAAGAGACUUGUUAUACAAAUGGAAUUGUGUUUACAAAAUGCAAAAGCAAAACGUGUGUUAUGUGAUUUAUUUUUGCCCUAAUGCCUAAAAAAAUGACCUGUGGAUGCUGCUUGAGGGACAAACGUGGAAUACUGUCCAGUCAUAUUUACCAUUAGAGAACACCAGCGUCCUCACUAUUGCACACUGCAUUUUGGUCACUCUUCCUGUUGAUUCUUGCUAGUAAACCCAUUUUGCUGUUGUGGCACAACAUUAAACAUCACAGCACUACUUUAACCUCACGGACGGACUGAUCCACUGAUUGACAUGUUUGAAGUGAUGAAAGAUUUUGCAGUGUAUUGCCAUUAAACAUGGUCCUGCAUCCUGUCCC